CCUUAUCAUCGCGGACCACUUAAACUCGGAGUAUAUUCUCGGAGGGCGACCGCAAGGUUCCGCUGUGGAAAGAGAUUGACAGCCAUGCAGCACUAUGGGGUCAAUGGUUACUCUCUACAUGCCAUGAACUCUUUGAGUGCAAUGUAUAAUCUUCACCAACAAGCAGCACAACAGGCCCAGCAUGCUCCUGACUAUAGGCCAUCUGUCCAUGCACUGACUUUGGCUGAGAGGCUGGCUGAUGUGUUUUUAUUUUCCAACGGCUGUGCAUUUCAAGAUAUUAUCCUCGAGGCAAGGUAUGGGUCCCAGCAUCGUAAGCAACGUCGGAGUCGGACAGCAUUCACUGCUCAACAGUUGGAGGCUCUGGAGAAGACAUUCCAGAAAACGCACUAUCCCGAUGUAGUGAUGAGAGAAAGGUUGGCCAUGUGCACGAACUUGCCUGAAGCUAGAGUACAGGUAUGGUUUAAAAACCGCCGCGCCAAGUUUCGAAAGAAGCAACGCAGCUUGCAGAAAGAGCAGCUCCAGAAACAGAAAGAGGCCGAAAUGAGCCAGGAGGAGACGAAAGCCGAGAAACCAGCCACAGAAACUCAGGGCUGCUCAGAAGUCAGCGAGCCACGCAGUGCUGGCGGCGAGCCGAUUAACAUCGAGUUAAAUGUCACCUCGGCCGAGCAGUCAGACAGUGAAUCAUCAGCAGAGGAGCGGACAGACAGAGAGCGAGAGUAUAAAUCGCCGGCAGAGGAGUUUAAGCAAGAGAAGAGCUGCAGCCCCGACAGCAAACCAACAACCUGCAAACGGGGAAGCCCGAAAUCAGAUUCGCCGAUUAACACGACAGGGACACCUGUCUCCAGCAGCGGGAGUAACCUGGUGCAAACUCACUCCUACUCGUCCUCUCCUCUCAGCCUGUUCCGGCUACAAGAGCAGUUCCGUCAGCACAUGGCAGCUACCAACAACCUCGUCCACUACUCUUCCUUCGACAUGGGGAGCCCGCCGGCCAUGCCAUACCUGGGCAUGAAUAUGAAUGUAGCGCCCAUCAGCUCUCUCCACUGCCAGUCCUACUACCAGUCGCUCUCGCACGCCCAGCAAGUGUGGUCGAGCCCGAUCCUGCAAGCGUCGAGCGCCCUGCCCAAUCUCAACAGCAAAACGACCAGCAUCGAGAAUCUUCGGCUCCGAGCCAAGCAGCACGCAGCGUCCCUGGGACUGGACAGUCUACCAAACUGACCCGGCUGGCUCGACAGGAACAGGAGGAAGGCGACGUGCUUUUCUGGAGAAACGUACAACCAAACACACCGUACGCAUCAUUUAGGUCUAUUUAGAUGUCCCUGGUUUUGACCAGAUACUUUAAAGUCACGUCCAUAAAUGAGAAAUGUCUAUUCAAUGAGUAGGAGGAAAUCGAGGCACUGCGCUUCUACAAGGGCAACUGAAAUUAACUAACUCUUUCAACUAAUAUCUCACCAGUCCUGUUCAAAUUGAAACAAAAACAAUCACUUAAUGCCCACCCAUAACAUUUGGUAGACAGUUGAUAGUCAGAUUUUACUGAUGCAAUGUCCCAACCGCUCCAAAACGACACAAGGCUGAGAUUUGCAAAGCACGUGUCUCCUAAAAGAGAAAUAGCUACAACGCCCCAAUGCAGCGCUUCUUAAAGGCGCAGACACCCCGGAAGCAGCCCCGCCGGAUGGGAUCAUUGUAAUCGGUUUUCAAUGUUAAAACAAAACCGAGCCGUUAAAAAAACUUACUUUUUUGUUUCCAAAUUACUUUUUUUAAAAGGCACCGGCAGUGAGAUUCUUAAUAACUGCG